UUAGAAAAGGUUGAAACUUUUCAUUUCCCAAAAAAUGUCGGAAUUGCUGCCUCGAAUUCGUGAAGGGAAAAGCCCUAGCCAGCUCCAAAAGUUAAAUGGAAGUCUUAGAAGCUGAAGAUUUAGAGAGAAUUUGUUUUGUUUCAUUCUGUAUUUAGCUAAAAGGGAUAGUAUUCAUAGCAUUUUGGAUUAAUAGUAUUCAUAUGCUUUAGCGUUAAAUUUUCCAAAGAUGGUUGGGAAUACAUUAGUCAAGAUUUCAAGUUGUCCUUCUAUGUUAUCUUCAACUUUGACCUCCAUCCCACAUUCUUCUCCAAAAAUUUUGCCAUUUCUUCCACCAAAACCAAGAACAAGGUUGGCAAAAGUUAGAGCUAUGUCUGCUGGUACCGAGCAUACCCCACCGCCUGCUUCUUCAGAACAAAAGAAUCUACUUGCAGUUGUUUUAGAUGUUCCUCGGAAUAUUUGGAAACAAACAUUACGUCCACUGAGUGAUUUCGGGUUUGGUCAUAGAAGCAUUUGGGAAGGUGGGGUUGGGUUGUUUCUUGUGUCUGGUACAGUACUUCUUGCUCUUAGUCUGGCUUGGUUGAGGGGAUUUCAGAUACGUUCUAAAUUCCGGAAGUACAUGGUGGUGUUUGAAUUUGCUCAGGCAUCUGGUAUUUGCACUGGAACACCUGUAAGGAUUAGAGGGGUGACUGUAGGCAAUGUUGUACGUAUUAAUCCCUCCUUGAAAAGUAUAGAAGCCGUUGUUGAGGUAGAAGAUGAUAAGAUUAUUAUACCUCGAAAUUCACUGGUUGAGGUGAACCAAUCUGGUCUUCUGAUGGAAACUUUGAUUGACAUCACACCUCGGGAUCCAAUUCCAUCACCUUCUGUUGGACCUCUUGACGCAGAAUGUCUCAAGGAAGGCUUAAUUGUAUGUGAUAGGCAAAAGAUAAAGGGAGAACAAGGGGUAAGUCUGGAUGCGUUGGUAGGGAUAGUCACCCGUCUUGCUCAUCAAAUGGAGGAAAUCGGUAUUGCCAACACCUAUUCACUUGCUGAACGAGUUGCUGCCGUUAUUCAGGAAGCAAAGCCCCUGCUCACAAAGAUUGAAGCCAUGGCCGAAGAUGUGCAACCUUUGUUGGCUGAGGUUUGUGAUACUGGUCUGCUUAAAGAGGUUGAGAAUUUGACCAGAAGCCUAACACAAGCCUCUGAGGAUUUAAGAAGGGUGCAUUCAUCCAUUAUGACCCCUGAGAACACCGAAUUGCUUCAAAAAUCAAUUUAUACUUUGAUUUUCACUUUGAAGAAUAUCGAAAAUAUAAGUUCUGAUGUACUGGGAUUCACGGGAGAUGAGUCCACAAGAAAGAAUCUGAAAUCACUUAUCAAUUCUCUCAGCAGGCUGUUGUGAAGACAAACGAAAAGCAUACAAUAGUUGAUCAGACGGUCCAAACUCAACACUGGUUUGUCUUUUCCAUUAUUGUAGGGGUAGAAAUUCAUUCAAGUAAAGCUUUAGCAUGCACUCUUUGUGUUCCAUUGCAAUUUCUUAGAAAAUCUUGAUGCUUGAGGUAUCUGUUACACAGUUACACAUUUGUUAAAUUAGAUGCAAAAUUUUCAGGCAAUAUAUCGAGGAUUUGGUUUAAGCUUUGCUUGGUAGGAAAGACGAAAAAUUUUGUAAAUUUUGCCUGAUAUUUUUGUUGAAUUUAUUUGCCUUCUUGCAGCCGACAUUUGUAUUGAUUAUACCCUUAGACCAUUAUCCUCCUACUAAAAUUAUAAGACCCUACAAAUCUCAAGUGUUUGGAUCAGAGUCAACAUCUUUGAAUUAUAUGAUUUUUUUUUCUUUUUAAAUAAGGGAUAAGACUUGCCA